GUUUGAGCCCUCAUCUUCUACUCUUAUUUGACCCCUUUCCCAUCCCCUUAUUGCCCAUCCACGAACCGUUGGCACUUGGCAUUUGCUUAGCACAUUCUUUAUCGCCAUCAUGAGUUCCCAGGACUACUACAAUCAAGGCCAUCAGCCUCAUUACCCCCAACAACCUCCCCAAGGUUAUUACCCUCCUCAACAGGGACAAUAUCCGCCAGGCUAUCCUCCCCAACAGCCGCAAGGCUAUGCUCCACCGCAGCAGCCGUAUCAACCUCCAGUACGUUACAACAAAGUCGCAUUACUACAAAGAACAAAGAACUAAUAGACUCGGCAGCAGCAAAUGCCUUACCAAGAACAGCCUCGUCAGAAGAAGGACCGUGGAUGUCUAGGUGCUUGUCUUGCUACCCUCUGCUGCUGUUUCCUUUGCGAAGAGACCUGCGAGUGCUGCUUUGAUUGUA